AUGAGUAUCAAUCAACACAACUCGAGCCGUGCUCGGGGCUCCGAUUACGGUCUUCAGAAAACCCGGGAGACUGCUGAGCACCUGGCUUCCCUAUACGAAUACAUUCACCGCGUGGCCAGUGUUGCAAACCUCUUUCGUGAGAACCGUGACUGGAUCGAUGUGAUUGAGAGCAAUGAGAGCAUAAAAAAGGGGUUGAGCCGAGAGAGAUAUAUUCAGUCACUGAAAGACGAUCUCAGCGGAAUGGAGCGUCUCAAGAACAUGGAGCUCGAUAAGAAAGACCAUGAAAUCAAAGAACUACAGAACAAAAUAAAACUCCUCAAUUCCGACAAAGCUUCCCUCGAAGAGACGAAGAAGAGAAUGGAAGAGGACAAGAUCAAGGCCGAUAGGAAAAGGAUGGAAGACCGGCUUACCUGGUUCGCUGACAGGAAAAAAGAGAGGGACCAGCACGAGAAGGAAUUGAAGGAGCAGAAAGCGAAACUAGAAGAAAAGGCUAGAAAAGAACUGGCCGCUAAGGAAGAGGAGUUCCAAAAGAAAGAGACCCAGCUACAGGAAGAAAAGGCGGCCGUUGUCGCUGAGAAUGAACAGGUCAAAGCAGAACUCGCCGAUGCCAGAGAUCAAAUCACGAAAGGAACGAAAUUCCACGAGCUGCUACUCAAGGACAACCGGAGACUUGAUGCUGAGCUGGAAGUGGCACACUCAAAGUGUCCUAUCCAACGCGAGGAUCCCGGAGUAUUCAAAGAAGAACUAGACAGACUCUCCCAGAAGAUCAAAAUGGUGACGACAGACUACUUUACACAUUUACCUGCUGGAGACUUGGCACAAUACUACAAGAUCUUAAAGAACCUUUCCCGGCUCCACCACAUAUUCGACCUAGAAAUGGUUCCAAACCUGCCUACGCCCGCCUCGACUUUCCUCCGCAUACGCAUCGCUCGGUUCUUCAUCAUAGAAUGUCUCGAGCGAGAAGUCUGGCGACCCUUCCGCUCCAGCGUUCUCGAGAAACAAAACGCAGAUCCAUCACCUGUCCUCCAAGCACUCUCUAAAAGAUACCGCGAUUUGAACCAAGAAGAGGAGAUCACCUGGCGCGUCUGGACCUAUAAAGGCCUGGACGCCGUUGCAGCCGCCGCAUCGCCCGAGGCAGGUGACACCUGCAUCAAAACCUCCGUCAACUCCAUCGCCGCCAUUCUAUCGCCUCUCGUACGGGAAAAUAUCAAAGGGAAAUUCAAAGAAGACCUCACCGACAUUCUCGAGAGUGCCGCAUCUCUCUGGGCCCGUAUCCGCGCAGACAACAGCCACAUCUCAAUCGACUUCUCCCCUCCAUCUUCACUGAAAGCAACAGAGAGCUCCGAUGGCUGGGAAGCGGAAGCUUACGAUAGCAUAGAUAUGCACGGAGAUGCCAUCGCUUCUUCCUCGAAGGACGUCAUCACCACCGAGACAUGGGAACCAUGGUGUCUCUUCCCCCGCGUCGUAUCGAGAUCUAUUAAUGAUGAAUUCCACAUCUUGCAUCGUGGUUGUGCGCUUUUUCCUGACUCUCCCGCGUUCGCGAAGGGCAGGUUAGAACAGGAUGAAAUGCUUCGGAAUGUUUCCGCCGUGCCGUUAUCGCCUAUCAGUAUGGCUUCUGCGUAG